GUGGUUGGUUACUGUUUUUUCCAACUGUUCGAUUCAAUUCUUGGCUUGGAGUUGGAGCCAUUAUAACAUUUUAAAAUUGGGUUUUUUUAAGUAUUUCAGAAAUUGCUAAAAUAUUAAAAUUUUCUACUUUUUACUUUUUGCAAAGCUGGACUAGCAAGACAUUGCCCUGCCGUUCAAUGAUAGAUUCAUAUGUAGUAACAAAAAUUAUAUUCCUUUAACAUGUCAAAAUGAACGGCUACUCAAUCUGUUGAUUAUUUGGGAUUUGAAAUUACACGUCUACCUCAGUACAGCUGCAUAAGGAUUUAAGAGUGUUCCGUGUAAAUAAUCGAAAACUCUACUACUUAAACGGAAUUGAUUAUUCUCUAACAAGAGUUUUGAAGCAAGGGUCAUAUACCAACUUUUUAUACCGUGAAUAAUUUUCUAAAUCCUAUAGACAGAUCUAUAAUUAUCUAUCCCCCCCAAUCUGUUUUCUGUGUUGAGGGUCUUUUUCAUGGGAAGCUUUGCUUUUGCUAGAAGUUAAUGGGUUUUGUUAAAGGUGUAUAUUAUAAUGUGUUGGGAUGGUUACAUAAUAGUGUGUGCAAAAUUGCCUGUUUGCUGGUCCUUGAAUGCUCUUUGUCUAUUGUAAUCACCCUGAAAGCAAAGUUUUUUGAACAAAUCCUCCCAUGGGAUACGCUGACCUGUAACUCAUAGAAAGAUAUAUGAUAUCUGCAGCUAUAUCUCAAAGGUAGUGGAGGUCUUGUGGCUUACUCAGAAUCACAAUCAGACAUUGUUUCUCCUCCCAGUGUUGAUAUUAAUCAAAGUGAGCCCAGGAAAAAGAGAGUGGUUGUGCUUGGCACAGGGUGGGCUGGUACUAGUUUCCUAAAGGAUCUGGAUGCUUCAAUGUACGAUGUUCAGGUUGUCUCACCCCUGAAUUAUUUUGCAUUUACUCCUUUGUUACCUAGUGUCACAUGUGGGACAGUUGAAGCACGGAGCAUCGUAGAACCAGUCCGAAAUAUUAUUAAGAAGAGAAAAGGAGAAAUUCAAUUUUGGGAGGCAGAAUGUAUCAAGCUCGAUGCAAAAAAUAAACAAGUUAUCUGUCGAUCAAAUAUUAACAACAAUUUGGUGGGAAAUGGGGAAUUCCAUCUAGAAUAUGACUACUUGGUUAUGGCAGUUGGAGCACAAGUAAAUACUUUUAACACCCCUGGUGUCCUUGAAAAUUGCUAUUUUCUGAAGGAAGUAGAGGAUGCUCAGAAGAUUCGCAGAGGCGUAAUAGAUUGUUUUGAAAAGGCUAUCCUUCCUGGUCUAACUGAAGAAGAGAGGAGGACAAAUCUUCAUUUUGUAAUUGUCGGAGGGGGUCCUACGGGUGUGGAAUUUGCUGCAGAGCUGCAUGACUAUUUCCAAGAAGAUCUAGUCAACUUAUAUCCUUCAGUUAAGGAUCUGGUGAAGAUCACACUGAUCCAAUCAGGGGAUCAUAUCUUGAACAUGUUUGAUGAAAGAAUUAGUUCUUUUGCUGAGCAGAAGUUCACAAGGGAUGGUAUUGAUGUUCAAACGGGAUGUCGGGUUGUUAGUGUAUCUGAUAAGGAAAUUUCAAUGAAGAUGAAAUCAAAGGGAGAGGUUUUCUCCAUACCCCAUGGUUUAGUUGUGUGGUCCACUGGUGUUGGGACUCGUCCAGUUGUGAAAGACUUCAUGGAGCAAAUUGGGCAGGGUAAAAGACGUAUUCUAGCAACUGAUGAGUGGUUGCGUGUAAAGGGCUGUGAGGAUGUUUAUGCCAUUGGUGAUUGUGCUACAAUUGAUCAACGUAAAAUUAUGGAAGAUAUUGCAAGCAUAUUCGAAGCAGCGGACGUGGACAAGUCUGGUACCUUAACAAUCAAAGAAUUCAAAGAUGUAAUGGAUGACAUCAUCAUAAGGUACCCCCAAGUGGAACUCUAUCUAAAGAACCAGCAUUUGGGAGAUGUGACAGAUCUUUUCAAAGAUUCUGAGGGGAAUUAUAGGCCAGAAGUGGAUAUUGAACAAUUCAAGUUAGCCCUUAGUCAUGUGGAUUCCCAGACAAAGAAUCUGCCUGCAACUGCUCAGGUUGCUGCUCAACAAGGUACAUAUCUUUCUAGGUGCUUCAACCGUAGGAACGAGUGCAAAAAUAAUCCUGAAGGUCCAAGGCGUUUCAGAGGUCGCGGGCAUCAUCAGUUUCUUCCCUUUCAGUACAAGCAUUUUGGGCAAUUCGCUCCUUUGGGGGGAGAGCAAGCAGCAGCAGAACUACCCGGAGACUGGGUUUCCAUGGGACAUAGCACUCAGUGGCUUUGGUAUUCUGUAUAUGCAAGCAAGCAAGUGAGCUGGCGGACUAGGGUGUUGGUGGUAUCUGAUUGGACAAGGAGAUUUAUUUUUGGGAGAGAUUCGAGCGGUAUCUGAGGCAUCACUUAUUGGCUAUAAAUUUAUCUGUUAGUUUUAUAUGGCAUUUCAAAUUAGUGUUUGCUCUUCUGAUUCCUGCUCUUGUUUCGUGUAUAUGCUUGUUGAUAUCUUUUUCAUUUCUUUUAUUUGACAUUGAUUCAGAAUAAAGAAAUAUUUCUGAGA